GGUGCUAGGACCUGAAGGAAUCCAGGCACACUCAGUAGGCGGUGAGCCAGGCUUCCAGGGCGUUGCUGUUGCUCUUGCUCUUGCCGCAAGAACUGCACGGAACAGCCAGUUCUCCCACAUGUAAGCGGCGCAGUCUCCAUUUCGGCUCUCUCCACACCGUCUCCGGGAUUUCGGCAGCUUUCAGACCUGCUUGUUAAACGGAAAACAUGUUUCUUGCAAGGGCUUUAUUAGAAGGGGCAGACCGAGGCCUCGGAGGCGCCCUGGGAGGUCUUCUUGGAGGAGGCGGUCAGCGAAGAGGAGGGGGCGGGGGAGGGGGCGGAAAUUUCGGGGGGAUCGUCGGGGGCAUCGUGAACUUCAUCAGCGAGGCCGCCGCUGCGCAGUACACCCCCGAGCCGCCCCCCACCCAACAGCACUACACCAGCGUGGAGGCCAACGAGAGCCCCGAAGUCCAGCGCUUUCGCCAGCAGUUCGCCCAGCUGGCCGGCCCCGACAUGGAGGUGGGCGCCACUGACCUCAUGAACAUUCUCAACAAAAUCCUCGCGAAGCACAAGGAUCUGAAGACCGACGGCUUCAGUCUGGACACCUGCCGGAGCAUCGUGUCCGUCAUGGACAACGACACGAACGGGAAGCUGGGCUUUGAGGAAUUUAAGUAUCUGUGGAACAACAUCAAGAAGUGGCAGUGUGUGUAUAAGCAAUACACCACGGGCCCCGGGGGGACUCUGGGGCCCUCGCAGCUGCAGGGGGCCCUGCAGGCCGCCGGCUUCCAGCUCAACGAGCAGCUGUACCAGAUGAUCGUCCGCCGCUUCGCCGACGACGAGGACGGAAGCAUGGACUUUAACAACUUCAUCAGCUGCCUGGUGCGUCUGGACGCCAUGUACCGGGCCUUCCGGUCCCUGGACAGAGAUGCCGAUGGCCUGAUCCAGGUGUCUGUCCAGGAGUGGCUGCAGCUCACCAUGUAUUCCUGAAGAGGGCCACCGGCCCUGGCCGGCCCUGCCCGGCCCUGCCUGGCCCUGCCCAGCCCUGCCCAGCCCUGCCCAGCCCUGCCCAGCCCCGGCUGGCUGCAGGCCCACCUGCUCCUGCCCAGCCCUUCAUGGCCCUACUUACUUCUGAACCUCUGCAGCUCUCUGCUGCUUCAUUAAAACAGAUUUUUCAUAGUAAAUGUCCCGAGUGGU